GACGUUCUUUCCUUUGACUCGCACGAAAACAACUAUGGCAGAAGAAGAUCCUCGAUGCGCAUCGCGGCCGUCUUCUGUUUUCCCGUAGCUGAUGCACGUCUCUUCUCGUGGUACCGCCGUUUGCCAGCAAGAUGCCGCAGUUUUGCAACGGAAAGAUUACCAAGACUUCGUCUGAACAGCCAGAUGAGUUUGAAACCUCAAUUGGACAGACUCUCCUGGACUUGGAGAUGAACUCCGAGUUAAAAACACAAUUAAGAGAACUCACUAUUACUGGAGCCAAGCAGAUAGAUGUUGGUGAUAAGAAGUGCAUUGCUAUUUUUGUACCAGUGCCAUUGUUGAAGGCUUUCCAGCGCGUUCAGCAGCGCCUCGUACGCGAGCUUGAAAAGAAAUUUAGCGGCAAGCAUGUCGUUGUAAUUGCUCGCCGUCGUAUUCUGCCGAAGCCAACUCGCAAGAUGAAGAACCCUCCAAAACAGAAGAGGCCAAUGAGCCGAACCUUGACUGCUGUUCAUGACGCAAUCUUGGAAGAUCUCGUCUACCCAGCUGAGAUCGUAGGAAAGAGGAUUCGCGUCCGUCUUGAUGGCUCAAGGCUGAUCAAGGUACAUCUUGAUAAGGCCCAACAGACCAAUAUUGAACAUAAGGUUGAAACCUUUGCAGCAGUAUACAAGAAGUUAACUGGAAAGGAGGUCAUCUUUGAGUUCCGUGAACCAUAUUUGUAAAUUUGUUGAAUGAAGAAAAAAAAAGUGAAUAA